CAGAUAGACCUUUUCAAACCUCUCAAAUAAAAUAAAAUAAAAUAAAAUAUAUUCACAACAAACUGUGACUCUGAUAAGCUCUCACUUUUUAAGACUUGAGAUUCAUAAAGAUGGCACUUGAAUCCAUCAAGAACCAGGAAGAAACAUCGACGAAAGAGAAGUGGAUUGCUUCCAAUUUCAUCACCAAUUUAGAACGAAGUGGAUAUAAAGAACAUUUACAAGGUGUGUAGUAGUUCAAGAAGAAGAAGAUAACAGCAUGGGAUAUGCAAGCACCAUUGGAAAGUAUCAAAUCGGACGAACAAUCGGAGAAGGUACUUUCGCCAAGGUUAAGUUGGCAAUAAACACAGACAAUAGUCAGUAUGUGGCAAUCAAGAUCAUCAACAAGCAUAUGGUCAUGGAAAACAAUCUAACAUACCAGGUACAGAGUGAAAUCAGAACAAUGAAACUUCUACAUCACCCAAACAUUGUUAGGAUACAUGAGGUAAUUGGGACAAGGACAAAAAUUUACAUAGUAAUGGAAUAUGUAUCGGGAGGGCAGUUAUCCGACAAGAUGUCCUACAUUAAUAGGUUGAAUGAAAGAGACGCAAGGAAACACUUUCAGCAGUUAAUCGACGCAGUAGAUUAUUGCCAUUGCAGAGGUGUUUACCACAGAGAUCUAAAGCCACAGAACUUGCUUUUGGAUAGCCAAGGAAAUCUCAAAGUAUCUGAUUUCGGACUCAGCGCGUUGAGAAAGCCUGGAGACCUGCUAUCUACUGUAUGUGGCUCUCCAAGCUACGUAGCACCAGAGCUGCUUGCGAAUAGGGGCUAUGAGGGAGCAGCAGCAGAUGUUUGGUCCUGCGGAGUAAUCCUUUAUGAAUUACUCGCUGGCUAUCUGCCAUUUGAUGAGCGUAGCCUGAUGAACUUGUAUAGAAAGAUAUCAAGAGCAGAAUACACAUUUCCAGAGUGGUUUACAGAAAGCCAAAAGAAACUGAUCUCCAGGAUACUUGAACCAAAUCCCCAAAAGCGAAUAACAACACCCGAGAUUAUUGACCAUCAAUGGUUUCAAACAAAUUACAAACCUGCUGUGCGAAUUGAAUGUGAUGAAGAUAUAGACUUGGAUGAUGUUCAUGCAGCUUUCAAUUCAGAUAAGGAAAAUGUGACUGAGACAAAUAUACCCCAUACUCCAAGUUUCAUAAAUGCUUUCCAGCUAAUAGCCAUGUCACAUGACCUUGAUUUGUCAGGACUAUUUCAAGAAAAGGAUAAUGAAAAGCAGAAAACAACGCUAGGAUCCAAGCAUACAAUCAAUGAAACCAUACAAAAGAUUGAGGCUGCUGCAAAGGAUGUGAGUCUCUCAGUUGAAAGGAUGAACAAAUCUAAGAUGAAAAUUCAUCCAAAACAGAAGAUGACUAGAUGUUCAAGGUCAUGCCUGAACCUAUCAGCAGAGGUAAUUGAGGUGGCACCUACACAUUGUGUUGUAGAAAUAUCGAAAUCUGUAGGGGACCUGGAGCCGUACAAAGAGUUCUGCCAAAGUUUAUCAAGUAUGCUGACUGAAGAAGAAUCAGGUGUUCCAUCCAAAACACAAGCACCCAAGGAAGUCAUCAUCAGCAACAAAAAUAUUCGUCAAAGCAAAUGCUUUGGACAGAAAAAUGACAAGGAUGAUAAACACCUGCGAGGCUAUUCUUCCUCCUGAUAUCUCACGUUUGGUAUCAACAUUCAGUCUGAGAGAUGCUCUUGAUGAUCCCUAAAAGAAGGUUGUAAAGCACAUUAUGAAGUAAAGCAAAACAGUGAAUGUAGGAAUAAAAGAAGGCAAUAGUAACAUUAUGCAUGAUAAGGCUUACACUCACAUGUUUAAUGAGGUUUUUACUUACAUGUUUAAUAAGUUUUUUGCUUCCUCUGAUGAUUUUUACUCUUUUAACUUAUUUGUUCAAAGAUGUUAAUAAACAUAAUUUGUAUUGAAAGAGAACUGACAAAGGAAGAAA